CUCGCCGUAACUCUUCUUGUUUUGCAAAUUGAAACGGUGUCGUCUGAUGAUCACUCGCCACCCGCCUUUCAAAAUUCUUCACAGAGUAGUCCAACAACGGUCAGUACAAUUUAAAAACUUCCACUCAUCUAAGUAUGUACACCAACCGCUCGACCAAAGUCCUCACACAACCAUUGCCUCCCUCAACCGUUCCAUGCUCACAGCUCUACGCGGAAAUCUUAGCCUUGAAGCUCUUGACCUCUUCAAGAAACAGCUUCAAUGGGGUUUCUUGGGCAACAUCGACCAGGUUACAGUUGCAAUUGUGCUUAAGGCUUGCUGUGGCAACUCAAAACUCGGGUGUCAGAUUCAUGCGUUCGCAAUUUCCUCUGGGUUCAUUUCUCAUGUCACGGUUCCAAAUUCUCUGAUGAACAUGUAUUGUAAAGCUGGACUAUUUGAUCGAGCGUUGGUUGUGUUUGAGAAUCUGAAUAAUCCCGAUAUUGUUUCUUGGAACACCGUCCUUUCAGGGAUUCAGAGGAGCGAUGAUGCGUUGAAUUUUGCUCUUCGGAUGAAUUUCACUGGAGUUGCGUUCGAUGCGGUGACAUGUACCACUGUUCUUGCCUUUUGUUCUGACCAUGAAGGAUUUAUUUUUGGAUUUCAGUUGCAUUCACGUAUACUAAAAUGUGGGUUAGAUUGCGAAGUCUUUGUUGGGAAUGCCCUUAUUACAAUGUAUUCGAGAUGCUGUCGUCUAGUGGAAGCCAGGAGAGUGUUUGAUGAAAUGCGCAAUAAAGAUUUGGUUUCAUGGAAUGCAAUGCUCUCAGGGUAUGCCCAAGAGGGAAAUUCUGGAUUAGAGGCGAUUUUGGUUUUUCUUGAAAUGCUAAGAGAAGGAAUGAAGCUUGAUCAUGUCUCAUUUACAGGUGCAAUUUCAGCUUGUGGCCAUGGAAAAGAGUUCGAGCUUGGGAGACAAAUACAUAGUUUGGCUGUGAAAAUUGGAUAUGACACCCAUGUUAAGGUUUGUAAUGUUUUGAUUUCAACGUAUUCGAAGUGUGAAGACAUUGAAGAUGCAAAGUUGGUGUUUGAGAGCAUUAUUGAUCGUAAUGUAGUCUCCUGGACAACCAUGAUUUCAAUAAGUGAAGAAGAUGCCACGUCUCUCUUCAAUGAGAUGAGAAGGGAUGGUGUUUAUCCAAAUGAUGUUACAUUUGUUGGAUUAAUUCAUGCCAUAACAAUGAAGAAUUUGGUGGAAGAAGGCCAGAUGAUUCAUGGGGUUUGUGUGAAGACAAGCUUUUUGUCAGAACUGAAUGUUUCCAACAGCCUAAUCACCAUGUAUGCUAAAUUUGAGUCCAUGAGUGACUCAAUGAAGGUUUUUGAGGAGCUUAACUACAGAGAAAUCAUAUCAUGGAAUUCUUUGAUCUCAGGAUAUACCCAAAAUGGACUGUGGCAAGAGGCGCUACAAACAUUCUUGUCAGUGCUAAUGGAGUCCCGGCCAAACGAAUUCACAUUUGGCAGUGCAUUGAGCUCCAUUGCCUCUGCCGAAUCCAUCUCUAUGAGACAUGGGCAAAGGUGCCACUCUCAUAUACUAAAACUCGGCUUAAACACCAAUCCAAUUGUCUCGAGUGCACUCCUUGACAUGUAUGCAAAGCGUGGGAGCAUUUGUGAAUCUUUGGGAGUUUUCAGUGAAACCCCUCUGAAAAAUGAAGUUGCUUGGACAGCAAUAAUCUCUGCCCAUGCAAGGCAUGGAGAUUAUGAAGCAGUAAUGAAUUUGUUCAAGGAGAUGGAGAGGGAAGGAGUAAAACCUGACUCUAUCACUUUCCUUGCUGUAAUAACAGCAUGUGGGCGAAAGGGGAUGGUUGAUACAGGCUACCAGCUUUUUAACUCAAUGGUGAAAGACCAUUUGAUUGAACCGUCACCGGAGCAUUAUUCUUCUAUGGUGGAUAUGCUAGGCCGAGCAGGACGACUAAAGGAGGCAGAGGAAUUUGUGGGUCAGAUCCCUGGAGGAGCAGGAUUAUCUGUAUUGCAGAGCUUGCUUGGGGCUUGUAGGAUACAUGGGAAUGUUGAUAUGGCUAAAAGGGUAGCUGAUAAUUUGAUUGAGAUGGAGCCAAUGGGGUCAGGCUCGUAUGUGUUGAUGUCAAACUUGUAUGCAGAGAAGGGGGAAUGGGAAAAGGUAGCAAAAAUAAGGAAAGGGAUGAGAGAAAGGGGAGUGAGGAAGGAAAUAGGAUUUAGUUGGGUGGAUGUGGGUGAUGCUGAUGGUUCCUUGUAUUUGCAUGGGUUCUCCUCAGAUGACAAGUCCCACCCUCAGUCUGAGGAGAUAUAUAGGAUGGCGGAAACACUGGGAUUAGAAAUGAAAUUUUUAGAGAAGGAGAGAAAGAGGAAGAGAGUCUUUGUAACAACAUGAAGUAGAGGAAGAGGGUCUUUGUAACAACAUAAGUUGACAACCGUCAUUGAAUACCUCAAAUCUUGUUGAAAGUGAAA